CCUGCUGCCCGUGCACGACUACCGGCCAUAUACCUCCCUUCCUGCUCUCCCGCCGUCCUUUCUCAGUCAUGCAGAACGGCACCGCAAACGGCCACCACGUCGCCCGGCCUCUUGUGCCCGGCAUCUUCGCGCCAAUCCCGACGUUCUACCAGCCGGAGACGGAGGAUCUUGACCUCGAGACGCUCGCGAAACAUGUUGUGCGUGCGGCCAAGGCGGGUGUGCGCCCCCUGCUUGCGGGGUCGAUGGGCGAGGGAGUGCACCUGACGCAUAGCGAACGCGUCGCAUUGAUCAAGGCGGCCAGGGUAGCGUUGGACGAAGCAGGGUUCGAGACGAUGCCAAUCAUUGCUGGUACAGGGACUGGGAGCACGCGCGAGACUGUCGAACUCUGCAAGGAGGCUGCAGCGGCAGGUGCAGACUACACAAUUGUCAUCACGAGCGGGUACUUCGCCGGCGUACUUGGAAGCCACAAGAAGGCGCAGAAGGCAUUCUUCAAGGAGGUCUCGGAGAAGAGCCCCAUACCUGUGAUCAUCUACAAUUACCCUGGUGCGAGCGGAGGCAUUGACCUCGACUCGGAUACUAUCACCGAGCUGGCGUCGGAGUGCCCCAAUCUCUGCGGUGUGAAGCUCACCUGCGGCAACGUAGGCAAGCUCACGCGUAUCUGCGCAACAGUCUCCGAGGAGUCGUUCUCCUCAUCGUAUCCCCGGAGUAACCCCGAUGCACCGUUCCUCGUUCUCGGCGGAUUUGUCGACUUUCUCCUUCCCUCAUCGUACGCCAAUGCACAUGGCGCCAUCACUGGUCUCGGCAACUUUGCUCCCUACACGCUCGUCAAACUCUACGAGCUGUCCGUUGCCGUGCACAAGGACUCUUCACUCCUCCCAGAGGCUCAACGCCUUCAGGGCAUUGUUGCCCGUGCGGACUUCACCAUCGCCAAGGCAGGCAUCUCCGGAACGAAGGCGCUCAUGGAGAAGCUAUAUGGGUAUGGUGGCCUUCCGCGUAAGCCCCUCCCGCCCAUCGAGCCUGAGGCCUUUGAGGCGCUCUGGGCGCAUCCCCACGUUCAGGACAUCGUGAAGACUGAGCGGGAACUCAGCGGCAAGACUGCUUCAUAGACGUCUGCGAGAUUAUGUGCCGCGGAGAGUCCGUGCGCUGGAUCGAGGUCGCUAUACGAGAGAUACAAAGCGUGUUAUACACACUGUAUUCUGUACAAUGUAUUCUUUGACAUAUCCCCCAUCAUGAUGAUUAAUGACCUUCACGAG